UUGAAGCGAGGGCGCGUGAGCGAGGCCACUAGCGAGAAUCCUGCUCGUGAAGAGAGGACAGAGCUGACACUCGGACAUCGAAGCCAUCAAGGUGAACACGGGAUGCAAAAUCCAGGUGGACAGGUGGACAAACCUGUCAGCUUCCACGUCAUGGAAAGCAUGCUUCCCAAGGCAGUGAAGAGGCGAGUAAACGCCUUGAAAAGGCUACAAGUGCAAUGUGCCAACAUAGAGGCUAAAUUCUAUGAGGAAGUCCACGAGUUGGAGCGAAAGUAUGCUGCUCUCUAUCAGCCACUGUUUGACAAGAGACGAGAAAUCGUCACAGGAACAGUGGAGCCCACAGACGAGGAGUGUGAGUGGCACAGUGACAGAGAGGAAGAGGAGGAGCUUGCUGAGGAUGUAAAAGAAAAAGCUACAAUUGAAGAUGCAAAGAAAGAGGAGGCUACGCCAGAAGAAGACCCGAAAGGCAUCCCUGAGUUUUGGCUCACCAUAUUUAAAAGUGUGGACAUGCUCAGUGAUAUGCUGCAGGAACAUGACGAGCCCAUCCUAAAGCACCUGAAAGACAUCCAAGUCAAGUUUUCUGAACCAGGACAGCCGAUGAGCUUCACAUUAGAGUUUCACUUUGAACCCAAUGGCUACUUCAACAACGCAGUCCUCACGAAAGUGUACAAGAUGAAGUCGGAGCCCGACACCUCAGAUCCGUUCUCAUUCGAGGGACCAGAGAUCAUCGACUACGAAGGCUGUCAGAUAGACUGGCACAAGGGGAAGGAUGUGACGGUGAAAACUAUUAAGAAGAAGCAGAAGCAUAAAGGCCGUGGCACCGUGCGCACUGUUACCAAACAGGUCCCCAACGACUCUUUCUUCAACUUCUUUAACCCCGUCAAAGCUUCACCGGACGGAGAAAUGGACGAAGACUCCGAGUUCACUCUAGCCACAGACUUUGAGAUCGGUCAUUUCUUCCGUGAAAGAAUAGUUCCCAGAGCCGUGCUGUAUUUCACCGGGGAGGCCCUGGAGGACGACGAGAGUUUUGAAGAGGAAAUGCUAGAAGAGGGAGAUGAAGAGGAACAAGAUGAGGAAGGUGAUGACGAUGAUGAGGAACAAUUUGACCCCAAGGCAUAAUCAAACAUUCCCAUCUCAUGCAUUUCUAGAAAGAACAGCCUCAGCCUGCUGAAUGCAAGCAGCAGUAACCAUGGUGAUCAGGGGAGGCGGAGACCUGCUGUCUGUCCACUCACUUCUUAGCCACUCAGCAAGCCCUCCGCCCUUUUACAAACUCAUCCCAACGCAAUAGAACGCAAACCACACGUUGCGUUUUUACUCUGUGCAUGACUUCUUUUCUUUUGUCUUGCGCCCAUUUAACCCCCCCCCCCCCCCGUUUAUUUGGCCUCAUUUGAACUCGGUACAAGAAUAAAUCUUGACGAAUUAAUUAAUAACUCAUGGCCUCAUUUAGGGACUCUUCUUUGGUCAGGUGGAGUAAGUUACCACUGCCAAACUCCCAACAUCGUCACGCGGGAAAAGAUAGGAAAGGAACGGCUCCCACACUUAAGUUUUCAUAGAAUAAGUCCGUUACUCAGGGUUUUUUAUUGCCAACAAGAGAAGUGUGAGUUUACCAGGAAACUGCUGAACAAGUUUGACUUAAUCUUUCACUGGGGUUGCGUUUUUCUUCUUUUAUGGUGUUUUUUUUUUUUUUAAGCAACACACAAUGUAUUGGUUUGAGUUUUUGGGUUUUUUUUUUUUUUUUUUUUUAAUUAUUACUGUUCGUUGUCAAGUCAUUUGACUAUUUAUUCUGGUCUCAUGCAGCUGUACACAGCGGUGCAUUAGGGGAACACUUAAAGGCCCGGCCGCAUUAUAGACUCAUUUUCACUGACUCGUAUCCCCUUUGGAUCAUGGAUCAAUGAAUACUGCCAAUUCAAGACUUCUAAUCACACAGACACAUUCAAUGGCAGAAGAUUUGAGACUGCUCGCUCCUUCCCGACCGUAUCGGGCUAAACAAGCAUUUAAACUAAGCACUUGAGUGAAUACAAAGCACUAAAUCUGAACAAUACUCGCAUGUGGUAAAUACCUCAGAAUAGUUGCAUCUUCUUCCUCGUCAGUCCUGUCAUCCCUGAUUGUCCUCUAAACCCGGGCUAGCGAGAGUUUAAGACGAUUGCUACAAUGUGACACAAGAACGAAUGUCUCCCCAGUCUGGCGACUUCCCCUCUCGCGACGGAUUUAGGCUGAGCGUGUAGCUGUUCUGGAUGUUUAAGAUAUCUCUUCUGGUCUGUACCUAGUUUUUAACAAAUGGUGUUUAGUGAAGGGACAGGGUGCAGGAAGGUUGCAUCAAAUGUAAAGAAGCCAAAACGAGACAUGCCGUCCUCUUUUAUAAAACUGUUUGCCAAUUGUCAUUAACAAAAUGUAAUCUAAUUCAGCAUUUAAAGUUGUAUAAGAAUAUAUAAGUAUUUCUGUUAUUGUGUAAAGAUUCAGUAGAAUGUCUGUGGAGAACAUGUCGAAGAGGGUGCCACUGUAUUUUAUAUGCCGCACUUGGAAUCCCGCCUGGUGACUCGAGAGCAGCGACGGCGAAACAAAACCCAUCCCUUCUCCCUUUUUGAAAAGAACGAUUGUAGAUCUCAUCAGACGGAUUUCUCAGAGCCACGGUCGACAUCUUCUAAUCUACCACAUUGGACCGUGUGCUAGCAAAUGGCCUUAACUGGUUCUUUAUCACAAUUUGUUACUUGCGCAAUAUUUCUUUUCAAUUUGUACAGAGUUAGUUAAAAUAUUCUAUUAAAGUUGUGGAACAUGGAAA